AUGCACCUCGGUCACCAAUUUCUGGGCAGAGGGUGCAGCAUUCGAAAGAUUCGCCUUGGGAACAUGUUUGUCCGCAUGACGCGGAGCACAUCACACCUCGACGAAUUUUUGGACGUUUUCGUACUCGUCGUGGUUUCCAGGAAGUCGAAGACCAACCCCAGCAACAAGCUGAGUCACCAGUUUCUUGCAAGGCAUAGGGACUGGCGGCUCUGCGGGAUGGGCCAUGUUUUCUUGUGGCUUCAUUUCAUCUACGACCUCGUCCCUCUGCGCUACGGCCCCGGUAUCGUCGAGCCUCUCGACUUUUCUGAACCGAUCAAGUGGACUAAAGCGCACCUCUUCUUUUGCUUGAAGAAGAAUAGUGACAAGGGAAAGCAGAAGCAAGAUGCGAUGCACUACACAACGCACUGCACCUGGAUUCGCUGGGCCAUGAAGAAGGCGGAAUGGAUUCUGAGCAAGGUGACACAUGCGUUCCGCAGAUCUGGAGCCCAAAUACUCCAUGACGACGGUUGCUCCGACAACGACAAUGGCACUUUGGGCGGAUGGGCGCAGGGGGAGAUGCGGAGAUCUUAUGUUAUGGGCAUUCCGUUCAAGCCGGUUUGGCUGCUGGCAGGAUUCAGCGGAGAUCGUGGAGACUACUACAUCGGCAGAGCCCGCGCUAAGCUUCCGCGUCAUAAGGAUAAGGAGAAGGAUGAGUGGUUGCAGCUCCUGGAUCUCUUGAGGCUUCACAUCUUCCCCUGGGUCGAGGAGGGUUGGAAGAAGGCCCAAGCAUGGAACGAUGCGCAGACCGACCCGCUGAAGAGGCACUAUGCGGGGGUGAGGUUCCUUGAGACCCUCGCCACCGUCGGCCGCCUCGUUGUUGCACAGGAUCUGGCUAUGAUGUGGGCGUUCUGCCAUCAGCACGGCGUGAGAAUCCCGCGGUGCAAUUGCCAGCGGCAUCCAUAUGUGCAGAUGAGCCCCCUGUGCAACCACCCGCUGUUCCAAAAGUGGGCGUACCUGGUCGCUAGCUUUCACAUGGAGGGCGAGAAGCUUCGUGCGACCGCCCAAACCACUGCCAAAGCAUUGGCGAUGGAGAACGCGAAGCUGAGGGAGGAGCUCGAUGCUGAGCGAGCGGAUAAAGCUCGGCUCAUGGCCGAGUUCGAAGCUUUCAAGAGGUCUGUUGCGGCCAGGGCUGACGCUGCAAACGCCUCUGCUGAGGUCGACGGAUCAUCGAAGAGUGUGGAAGGGGGUGCACGCCAGGCAGCGGACGCAUCCAAAGCACCAGUUGCGGUGGAAGAUUUCUUCUACGUGGUCGUUGUGUCUUGGCGCGAAGCCGAAACUGUUGCUGCUGCCUGGAAACUGUGGGUGCAGCCAAGCCAGAUCAUGGGCGGCAAGACACUGGCCGAAGUCUGUGCAGAGUUCGGCCGGGAUACGAACAAGAACAACAGCUUCAUCACCGCAUAUUCCCGGUUCGCGGCGAAAGGUAAGCCCGCGAUGACUGUGGGUGCAUGCGAGCGAAAGAUGCGUCUCGUGCAUCGUGUCAUGGUCUCCGUGGUGACGUUAAGAAAAGACAGCUCCGAGGCGGCGACCGCAACGACCGUUAAGCUGCUGGACGAGGUGUUCGCCUUGUGCAACUUCACCGAAUUCACCAACGGCCUGGCGGUGCUUCAAGAGACUCCGCCCAACAAGAAACAAAAAACCGGUUCGUCGACGGAAAAGAGGACCGUCAACGACUUGGCGCAAUGUAAAGUGAGCUGGCUGCUAGUCAAUAAAGGCCUGAGGGACAAGGAGUGGGCAACAUCGCUGUUUGGGGAUGAUAGGUGGGAGGAGAUCCACAAGGAACAACUGGCUAAGGAGAAGGCGGAAGAGGAGAAAAAACGAACCGAUGCGACGAAGAAGGCGGAAUUGGAAAAGGCGAAGGGCGAUGCGUCGAAACGCUAG